CAAGACCUUAAACAGCGACCUUAUUGUUAGUGUUACUUGCGCAACCAUGAUAUGCUCCCGUAAGAACUUGCUUUGUAGGUUGCAGUAGAGCACAGAAGGCUACGGUCGCUUGCGGGUUCGCGUGUAGAAGCAUUCGUUUUUUGUUGUAUUCGCAUCCCCGCCUCUAGGUGAUCUCGUUGUUUGCGACAUUUUUAACUUUGCGACGGACUCCUGACAAGGAAGAGCAAGAUGGGUAUCGAGACGAAGCAUGUGCUUUCGCCUCACGACAUCUACAGCGAGUUCCAAUGCGGCCUGUGCCAAAAACUGGUGGGCCUCGGCGAGAACAAUGUCUCCAUGAGUGUCUGCGGCCACGUCUUCUGCAGCAUCUGCUUCGCCAAGACUACGGCAGGAGAGUAAUAUUUGGAUGAUUUUACUGUUUGCAAUAAUUUGAAAAAAUAAUUUUCUCUUGUCACGCUCACCGUUACUCAUCCGCUCACGACUUCUUGACCUCGGGCUGAAAGUUAUAGAUACAAGAUUGCGCUUCUCAAACUGACAAUUGAUCAAGAUCAACGCCUCAUGAAUAACUCUCUCCAGGACCGGCAUUUGCCCUAAGCAAGGUUGUGGCAAAAAGUCUUUGACCAAAGCGGAGCCCUUGGAAAAGUGCAACCCCCUGGGCAACCGCAUCUUGCAGAAACUGCAGGUGUUGUGCCCGUUGCAAAACGCAAAUUGCACCUGGCGCGGCGCUUAUACGGAUGUCAAGUUUCACAUACAAGAUUGCAUCCGGUCGAAUAAAGUACACGCGGGCGGGGCAGCAGGGACGAGCACUAAUUCGAAUGGGAGUAAAAAUGUGAAUCUGAUGCAGGCUACACCCUCGACCAGCACGAAGACGUCAACCGCUAACCAGGUGUCUUCCACGACAUCCGAAGAGGACGAUGAGGAGGACGACAGCGAGGAAGAGGAGGAGGACCAGCAAGACACUCGUGGGCGCAGCGGUCGUCCGCCGCCGCUGAACCAAGGCAAAGCCUUCCAGCCCCCGCCCCGACAACAGUCGGCAUUUCAAAAGCCUAGUACUACGCCGACCCCCGCGGAGCUCCAGGCCCAGAUGCGAGCCGAGGCCGCGAAAAUAAAUGUCAACCUGAACAACGCGUCGUCCGCAAAAGCUGCUGCAGCAAAAAGCAAAGCCUCCGCGUCUCCCCCACCGCAGGCGAAGGCGCAGCCGAAAGCGACACAGCCAGCACCCGUGCCGGCGUCCGACAGUUGCCGGUUGCUGGUGAAGGUUCGCAAAAACAUCCAGGAAGCAAAGGACGACGGGAACUCCCUGACGAAAGACGGGAAAUACCGGGAAGCCGCGUUCCGAUACGGCCGAGCCAUUCGGGAAUACGACGACGAAAUAGCCAGCGACGAAGAUCUCAUGAACUCGCUGAUUAGCUCCCCAACGGAACAACAGAGCAGCAAACCUUCGGACUCCGAAUCCUCGACGACCGCGAGCAGCUCGCAAGGUGGUGGAGGACCUCCUGCAAGUUGCAGUAAGGACAUCAAGAGCACGACCAACACUGAGAAGCACGCACUGGUCCAGGAAAUCAAGCAGUUGGUGGCCGUGUGCUACAGCAAUCGCGGGUUUUGCUGGACGCAGGUCGCCAAUUACAAGGACGCGAUCGCGGACUUUAAAGAGGCGAUCAAGUUGGACAAAAACUACACGAAGGCGCACUUGCGCAUGUGCGAAGCCUACGCGGAAAGCGGGGACUUCGACGAGGCAGCACGGUUGUUGGACCUGAGAAUUCCCCUGGAAAAGGAAAGAACAAGGCAGCUGGAGCUGGCGGACAAGGAAAAAGCAGCCAGUAGCGGACCGCAGAAAAAUAAACUCGGUAUUAUACGAAUGGUGUGACGAGCAGUCUUUGCAAAUGAAUCCAAACGCAUCGUUUUGCGAAACGAUACAUGUAAAAGUGACACACCAACGGUCUCUUGGGUGUUGACAGCGCAAUGUGUGCACAUCGUCAUGAGUAUCAAGGCCAGCUUUUCUGUAGCAAUAUGUUGUUGAACUUGAAGCUACACAACACCUUCACAUGAAAAUUCCAAAACAGCCGGCCUUUUCAAGAGCCAAAAGCAGAAGGACGCCGAGCAGGAGGCACUGGGAUCCCUGUUACCGAGGUUCACCGCUCUCCAGAAAAAGGUGAAGGGUUUGGUAUCGGCAAUUCAAAAAGGCCGAGAUUCGCUGACGAAGGGCGAUCCUGGGCAGGCCAUGAUCGCUUUUCGAGAGGUAGCAUUUAGUCCAGUCAUGAUUUGAGCAUUUUAUUUCCCGAUUCGAAGCCAAAGAUGUGACCCUUUUGCUUUGUCAUGAUGAUUGAACCCCAUACAAACUACGAAAGCAACGUACUUCCACGUGCUUUGCUUAUCUCCUUCAAACUCCUACACCUACCAAGAACUGCAUUCCUACCCCUAUUCCAGGCCCUCCAAUACAGCAAGGGCAGUACGAACCUGACGCUGCAGAUGUGGCUCGCGCGGUCUCUGUUCGCGGCCGGUAAUGACGGCGGGUCAGACGCGAACCAUGCGGAGUGCCGACGGAUCACGCAGAACCUCCUUCGCGACAACCGGGACUUUGUCGAGGGCUACUGCAUGCGCGGGCUGACCUUUUUGUCCGCCGACGAGGUCGACAAAGCGGCCCCGCUGCUGAAGGAGGCGUUGAAACUAAACCCGGACUGCGCGGAAGCGCGGGAAGUCUUCAAGAAGGUGAUCAAACCCCUGGUCGCGAGCCUGGAGAACGCGCGCGAGCUGAAGAAAAAGUACCGCUUCCGGGACGCCAUUCCAGUGUACAAGCAAAUGAUCCAAAUGAUCGAAAACGACACCAACACUGCCGCUGCAAUAGCAUCUAGCACAGACUCGCAGCAGCAGCAGCAGUCACUCCCCACCGUCGCUGCAGCGCUCUCCAGCAGCGGAAUCGACCCCGCGAUUCGCUCGAGUAUCGUGCGUGGACUGCGCAAAUCGACGCUGAUGGCGUCGAUUCAGUCGGAGUACGCGGACGCAAACCUGAAAAUCCGGGAAUUCAAGUCCGCGCUCACCGCGGCCAACAGUUCUCUGAACCUCUUAUCAAAUGUAAAAAUGUCUGGGUCUGGAAGAAUGCAACUUGUGAUGCUGCAUUUGGAUUCCAAAAAAAUCUCUCUGUAUUGCAUGAGUACCAAAGGGGAUGCAAUUUUUGCUACGCUGAGAAGGUAUUUGUCAUGCGGAAUACGCAUCAAGAAGCCCUCAAAAAAUCUGUAUCGCUAGGGUGUGCAUCACAGACAUCAUGGCUCAUGCAAAACGUGCAUGACAAGUGUCAGAAUCUUCCAGACCCAGACACUUUUACAUUUGAUACCUCUACCACACGCAAGGCAACGAAUUCGUCAAAGUCGCUUACCUGACCCGGUGUCAGGCAUACUUGGACACCAAGCAGUUCGAGAAAGCGGCCGAGAGCAUGAAGAACACGCACCACUUGCCAGAUAGCGACGAUCGACUGGAGAACAUGCGGGAUAGGUGCGAAGCGGAGAUGAAAAAGGCAAAAAGACCGGAUUACUACCGAAUACUCUCCGGAUCGCCCUCGGUCACCGCAUUGCUCAGUUUGCAGCCGGGGCAGUGCUGGAAAACGUGCGGGGACUCGCAGAGGGACGAGGCGGAAGGUAGGGUGUUUUCUUUCUUUUGAGAUGACAGGACUUUGGUGCCUAGUAUCGCGAGCGGACUUGCUUCUGAAGAUGUCGCUGCAUAGAAAGUGUAGUCGUGUAACAGACGAAUUGCUGCAGAAGUAAGUCACCUACGUAGCCGACAGUGUUGCUUUUUGUUUUUGUAGCCUUCAUUGUCGCUGUUUUGCAUUCCACCUUGCACUUGCACACCAUCGCGAAUAUGAGAUAUUAUAUGAUUCCACUAAAAUCGUCCCAGGCCGCGCCCUGGAUCCAGACGAUUCUGAGGUCGAGGAAUCCGAGCAGGACCGCAAUAAACGACUCGCGGCGCGAAUCAAUACCUACUCCCAGCCGCAGCAGAUCAAGACCGCCUAUCGCCGGCGGUGCCUCGAGCUCCACCCCGACAAGCAGCAGGUGCGACUCUCGAACUACACGAAGAAACAGCUGACCGACGCGGAGAAGCAAAAGUUUUCAAAAAACACGGAGGAGCACUUCAAACUAGUCCAGGAAGCGUACGACGUUUUGUCAGACACAACGAAAAAAGCCUACUACGACCAGGGCAAGACCAAGGAACAGAUCGACGAACUCUCCUCGAGCAGCGGGCGGGGGGGCGGCGGAUUCGGCGGCUUCCACUUCCACAGGAGAGCAGGUCCGUGGGGAUAAAGAAAAUGAAAAAGAAAAAAUUGAAGGCAAAAAUCCAAAACGCGAAAGUAGUGAACUAGCUUGUGUGCACCUCCUGCCUGUGUCGUGCAAGUUAGUAGAAGGUCGUGGUUCUAUUUCUACCUGCUUGAGACAGACUGGACUAUCUUUCGGUCAUCAAUUUCAUCUCUGGUAUCUCAACUCAUUUUCUAGUUCUUGUUAACCCCGACGAGUCUGGCGACCAUUAUAAAAGUAGUUUUAAAGCGAAUUAUUUUCUAGCAACUUUACAGCGCUUCGUAGUAUAGGCGACUCUUUCAAGAUUCAUGACUGACUUUGAUUCAUCAUUCACACUGGUCUCGCGACGCACCAAAGAGCGACUCUUUUCAUGACAAGCGAAGAUAACUCUGUUGCAAAUUCUAGCGCCACAAGAAAUUGAGCGAACCAGCAAACGGGCGCGCGGGUAGGUUUUAU